AUGGCGAACUUCGAGGAAGGGUUAACAACGGAUCUGAAAACCAUUCAACAGAGAAUCACGUCUUUGCGAGAUGAACAUAAUAAUUGUUCGAAUACCAUUGAAGCAAACAGUGAAGGUGUUGACAGCAAUGAACCAUCACUUUCCAAAGAAAUCCAAAUUCAACUAAACGAAAAUAUGGAAAAGCUUUUGGACAACGAAAAUGAUGUGUCAAUGUUACUGAUGGUUGCGCAGUUACUUCAUGCUGCGGAUGUUCAGAAAGCAAAAAGUCGAGACGCUGAAAAGCUCCUGAUAGAGAGAAAUGAUUGGUUGGUGGAGGAACUUGCUGAAACUCAAAGUAGGCUGCAGGAAUCAGAACGAAUCAAUGGUCAAUUAGAAGAAGAGGUGAAACAUCUCAGGUUUCUGGACACAACGAAGACCAUCCGAACUGAUAUUCAAAGCUCAACUCUAGCCGAUGAAACCUCUCGUCCCCUUGCGAUUGACACUCUUCAAGAUCUUGGCUUUGGACCGGAAGAUGACGAGAAUGAUAUCAAUCACAGUAGGAAUAAUCACCAUGCACUUUUGAAAUUGAGUUUUACAGAUCUCCGUGACGGUCAACCGAAUUGUGUGAAUAACAAUCCGAGCCCCAACAGACUUGUGACAUUGAAUACAUUGGUGAUACAGUACAUGAAGGACGGCCGUUAUGACAUCGCUGGCCCACUUGGAAAGCAAGCAUUAGAAGAUCUCAUCAAUGUUCACGGUCGUAAUCAUCCUGAUGUUGCAACGAUGAUGAAUCUUCUUGCCAUGGUUUACCGAGAUCAACAGAAAUAUAAAGAGGCAGCUCAAUACUUGGAAGACGCCUUAGCUAUUCGGGAGAGUUGUUUUGGAGAGAAUCAUCAAACGACUGCAGCUAACUUGAACAAUCUUGCUAUUGUCCUGGGAAAACGAGGAAAGUUCAAAGAAGCCGAACCGUUAUGCCGACGGGCUCUCAAAAUCCGGGAAACUGUUCUUGGUGAAGAUCACGUUGAAGUUGCUAGACAGCUAACGAAUCUUGGUCUUCUGUGCCUCAACAUGGGAAAGUACGAAGAGGUGGAAGCCUGUCACAAAAAAGCAUUGAAGAUUUACGAGGCGAAGCUAGGAACCGAUGAUCCCAACACUAUUAAAACUAAGAACAAUUUGGCAUCGAUAUUUCUGAAAUUAGGAAAGUAUGACGAAGCCGAAAGCCUGUACAAACAAAUACUCACACGGGCACACGAAACGCAGUUUGGAACAAAACAUGAUAGCAAGCCGAUUUGGAAAAUAGCCGAAGAACGAGAAGAGAAGAAGCAAAAAGGCGAAUUGGAUACAAGCCUUGUAGGUCCAGUAUCUGUUCCAUAUCUAGAGAGUGAACACAUCCUUUCUGCAUUGACCAAGUUGUCUGCGCUGUAUCGCAAACAAGGAGAGUUUGAAGCUGCUGACUACUUGGAGAAUGUUGCAGUACGAACAAAAACGCCGGAAGAAGGAUCGAGAGUCGAUAGCCAUUUCUUAACGACGUCGUCCAACGAAGAUUCUCGUGUACGAGUGGCUAACACUGGAAUCAGAUCCAAGCUCUUGAGUGCUCUGGGCUUCAACAUUUAG